GAUACAACAUUUAAAGACAUAUUUUGAACAUGGCAGUGAAAGUGAACAAGGAGCAAUGUGAUUGGCCGCUGGAGGGCUGCGAGGGGAAUGUGCGUCGUCUCAGCCACAGAUACAACUUCCUCACCAAGGGCGACUAUGUCUGGUUGGAUUUGAAGAGUGGACGAGAGUUCGAGGUUCCAAUCGGAGCUGUGGUCAAACUCUGUGACUCGGGUCAGAUCCAGGUGUUGGACGAUGAGGGAAAUGAGCACUGGAUCUCUCCCCAAAAUGCCACUAACAUCAAGCCAAUGCAUCCCACCUCCAUCCACGGGGUGGAGGACAUGAUCCGUCUGGGAGACCUGAAUGAAGCGGGAAUUCUGCGAAAUCUGCUCAUCAGAUACAGAGAGAAACUCAUCUAUACAAACUGUGGCGGUCGGACGUACACUGGCUCCAUCCUCGUGGCCGUCAACCCCUAUCAGCUGUUGCCCAUCUACACCGCCGACCAGAUCCGCCUCUACACCAACAAGAAGAUUGGGGAAAUGCCGCCACACAUCUUUGCCAUCGCUGACAACUGUUACUUCAACAUGCAGAGGAACAACCGCGAUCAGUGUUGCAUCAUCAGCGGUGAGUCUGGAGCAGGGAAGACGGAGAGCACCAAACUCAUCCUUCAGUUCCUGGCAGCCAUCAGUGGACAACACUCCUGGAUAGAACAGCAGGUGCUGGAGGCCAAUCCCAUACUGGAAGCCUUUGGCAACGCAAAAACAAUCCGCAAUGACAACUCGUCUCGUUUUGGGAAAUACAUCGACAUCCACUUCAACAAGAGAGGAGCCAUAGAAGGAGCAAAGAUAGAGCAGUACCUGCUGGAGAAAUCCAGAGUCUGCAGACAGGCCCAUGAUGAGAGGAACUACCACGUCUUCUACUGCAUGCUGAAAGGAAUGACUGCAGAUGAGAAGAAGAAGCUGGGGCUGAGCAAAGCCACAGACUACACAUACCUGACUAUAGGAAACUGCACAGUGUGUGACGGCCGAGAUGACCUGAAGGAAUACUCCAAUAUCCGCUCUGCCAUGAAGGUGUUAAUGUUCACAGACAAAGAGAACUGGGAGAUUACUAAGUUGCUAGCUGCCAUUUUACACAUGGGUAACCUCAGAUAUGAAGCUCGAACCUAUGACAACCUGGAUGCCUGUGAGGUCGUCCGCAGCCCUCACCUCACCACUGCUGCUACACUGCUGGAGGUGGACAGUAAGGACCUGAUGAACUGUCUCACCAGUCGGACUCUGAUCACCAGAGGAGAGACCGUCUCCACGCCGCUCAGCAUGGAACAAGCUCUGGAUGUGCGGGAUGCUUUUGUCAAGGGUAUUUAUGGCCGUUUGUUCGUGUGGAUCGUGGAGAAGAUCAAUGCCGCCAUUUACAAACCUCCCUCCUCGCAUCCUAAAGUUCUGCGACGCUCCAUCGGACUGUUGGACAUCUUUGGCUUUGAGAACUUUACUGUCAACAGCUUCGAGCAGCUGUGCAUUAACUUCGCCAACGAGAACCUGCAGCAGUUCUUUGUGCGUCAUGUGUUCAAGCUUGAGCAGGAGGAGUACAACCUGGAACACAUCAACUGGCAGCACAUCGAGUUCACCGACAACCAGGACGCCCUGGACAUGAUCGCCAUCAAACCCAUGAACAUCAUCUCACUCAUUGACGAGGAGAGCAAAUUCCCCAAGGGCACUGACACCACAAUGCUGAACAAGCUCAACUUUCAGCACAAAGUCAACACAAACUACAUCCCUCCUAAGAACAACUAUGAGACGCAAUUUGGUAUCCAGCACUUUGCUGGAGUGGUUUUCUAUGAAACAAGAGGUUUCCUAGAGAAGAACAGAGAUACUUUAUAUGGUGACAUUAUCCAGCUGGUUCACUCCUCCAAGAACAAGUUCAUCAAACAAAUCUUCCAGGCUGAUGUUGCCAUGGGAGCAGAGACCAGGAAGCGCUCGCCCACAUUGAGCAGUCAGUUUAAAAGAUCUCUUGAACUGCUGAUGAGGACGCUGAGUGUCUGUCAGCCGUUCUUUGUUCGCUGCAUCAAACCCAAUGAAUUCAAGAAGCCCAUGUUAUUUGACAGGGAGCUGUGCGUGCGUCAGCUGAGGUACUCCGGGAUGAUGGAGACCAUUCGUAUCCGACGUGCAGGAUAUCCCAUCCGCUACACGUUUGUGGAGUUUGUGGAUCGCUACCGUGUGCUCAUGCCUGGAGUCAAACCGGCAUACAAACAGGAGGACCUGAGGGGAACCUGUCAAAGAAUUGCUGAGGCUGUUCUUGGGCGAGAUGACGACUGGCAGAUGGGAAAAACCAAGAUCUUCCUCAAGGAUCACCAUGACAUGCUGCUGGAGAUCGAGAGAGACAAAGCCAUCACUGACAAGGUCAUCCUCAUCCAGAAGGUGGUUCGAGGUUUCAAGGACAGGUCCAACUUCCUGAGGAUGAGGAAGUCGGCCGUGUUCAUCCAAAAAACAUGGAGGGGAUACCAGUGUCGGAAGAACUAUGGAGCUAUGCGGGCAGGGUUCUCCCGCCUGCAGGCUCUGGUCCGUUCUAGGAAACUGUGCGCGUCGUAUCAUGUCGCCCGUCAGCGGAUCACAAGAUUCCAGGGUCACUGUCGAGGAUACUUGGUGCGUCGGGCGUUCAGACAUCGGCUGUGGGCCGUCAUCACCAUCCAGGCGUACACCAGAGGCAUGAUUGCUCGACGGCUUUACAAGAGGCUGAAGGGAGAGUACCGCAGGAGGCUGGAGGCUGAGAAGAUGCGUCUGGCUGAAGAGACCAAACUGAGGAACCAGAUGUCUGCGAAGAGAGCGAAGGCUGAGGCCGAACGCAAACACCAGGAGCGCCUGGCCCAGCUGGCCAAAGAAGACGCUGAGCGAGAGAAGAAGGAGAAGGAGGAGGCUCGUAAGAAGAAGGAGUUGGUGGAGCAAAUGGAGAAGGCUCGCUUGGAGCCUGUCAAUGACUCGGACAUGGUGGACAAGAUGUUCGGCUUCCUGGGCACAACAAGCUCUUUCCCGGGUCAGGAGGGACAAGCCCCCGCUGGCUUUGAGGACCUGGAGCGAACACAUCAGGAGAUGGAAGUGGAGGAUCUGGACGAGGCUCUUCCUCUGCCUGAAGACGAUGAUGAAGAGGAUUUAUCUGAGUACAAGUUCGCCAAGUUUGCUGCCACCUACUUCCAGGGCACCACCACGCACACCUACGUCCGACGCCCACUCAAACAGCCACUGCUCUUCCAUGACGACGAGGGAGACCAGCUGGCUGCUCUGGCGGUGUGGAUCACAGUGCUGAGGUUCAUGGGGGAUCUGCCGGAGCCCAAGUACCACACGGCCAUCAGCGACGGCAGCGAGAAAAUCCCUGUCAUGACCAAAAUCUACGAGACACUGGGAAAGAAGACGUACAAGAGGGAGCUGCAGGCAUUGCAGGGGGAGGGGGAGACGCCCCACGCCGACAGCCACAAGAAGAAUAGUGUCCGACACAAACUGGUGUCUCUGACCCUGAAGAAGAAAUCCAAGAUCACUGAGGAGGUCACCAAGCGCCUCAAUGAUGGCGAGUACGGUCUCCACGGUAACAGCAUGUUGGAGGACAGGCCGACAUCCAACCUGGAGAAACUUCACUUCAUCAUUGGCAAUGGGAUUCUGAGGCCAGCACUGAGGGAUGAGAUCUACUGUCAGAUCUGUAAGCAGCUGAGUCAGAACCCGUCUAAGAGUUCUCACGCUCGUGGCUGGAUCCUCAUCUCUCUGUGCGUCGGCUGCUUUGCUCCAUCAGACAAGUUUGUCAAGUACCUGAGGAACUUCAUCAGCAGCGGGCCACCGGGUUAUGCUCCGUACUGUGAAGAGAGGCUGAGACGAACGUUUGUGAACGGAACAAGAACACAACCUCCAUCCUGGCUGGAGCUGCAGGCUACAAAGUCGAAGAAACCGAUCAUGCUGCCGGUGACGUUCAUGGACGGUACAACCAAAACUCUUCUGACCGACUCGGCCACCACAGCCAAGGAGCUGUGCAGUGCUCUGUCCGACAAAAUCAACCUGCAAGACCGCUUUGGCUUCUCCCUCUACAUCGCACUGUUUGACAAGGUCUCCUCUUUAGGCAGCGGGAAUGACCAUGUGAUGGAUGCCGUGUCGCAGUGCGAGCAGUAUGCAAAGGAGCAGGGAGCACAGGAGAGGAACGCCCCCUGGAGGCUCUUCUUCAGGAAGGAGAUCUUCACGCCCUGGCAUUGUCCCUCCGAUGACCUGGUCGCCACCAACCUAAUCUAUCAACAAAUCGUCAGGGGCGUCAAGUUUGGAGAGUAUCGCUGCGACAGGGAUGACCUGUCAGAGCUGGCCUCUCAGCAGUAUUACAUUGACUACGGUUCAGAGAUUCUUCUGGAGCGUCUGCUCAGCCUCAUCCCCUCUUACAUCCCAGACAGAGAGAUCAACCCUUCCAAAACGGUGGAAAAAUGGGCUCAUUUCAUCAUGGCUGCUCACAAGAAGGGAAUCUACACUCAGAACAGGUUUGACCCUCAGAAGGUGAAGGAGGAAGUGGUGGACUUCGCUCGACACAAGUGGCCACUGCUCUUCUCUCGUUUCUACGAAGCCUUUAAGUUCUCAGGUCCCAGUUUGCCUAAAAACGACUUGAUCGUGGCUGUUAACUGGACUGGUGUUUAUUUUGUGGACGAGCAGGAGCAGGUCCUCUUAGAGCUCUCUUUCCCAGAAAUCACUGCAGUUUCCAGCAGUAGAGGAGGAAAGCUGCAGGGUCAGAGUUUCACUUUGGCAACCAUCAAAGGAGACGAGUACACAUUCACCUCCAACAAUGCAGAAGACAUCCGUGACCUGGUUGUGACUUUCCUGGAGGGACUGAGGAAGAGGUCCAAGUUUGUGGUUGCACUACAAGACAACCCCAACCCAACUGGGGAGGAGUCAACGUUCCUGAGCUUCCUGAAAGGCGACCUGAUCCUGUUGGACCAGGACACUGGCGAGCAGGUUCUUAACUCUGGUUGGGCACAUGGUGUCAACGAACGUACAAAUCAAAGAGGAGAUUUUCCAGCUGACUGUGUGUAUGUCCUGCCUUCCAUGACUCGACCUCAGCCGGAAAUAGUGGCGCUAGUAACCAUGACACCGGACCAGCGGCAGCAGUCAGUUCGUGUUUCGCAGCUCGUCAUGCCAGAGACUGACGGCAAAAUAAAACCCUACACACUGGAGGAGUUCUCUUACGACUACUUCCGGCCGCCUCCCAAACACACUCUGAGCAGAGUGAUGGUCACUAAGAAUCGUGGGAAGGACAAAAUGUGGACCUGCACCAGAGAGCCGCUCAAACAGCCACUGCUGAAGAAGGUGGUGAACCAUGAGGAGCUGGCUCAGGAUGCCUGCAUGGCCUUCAUAGCUAUGAUGAAGUAUAUGGGUGACUAUCCAUCCAAGCGGACGCGCUCGGUCAAUGAGUUAACGGACCAGAUCUUUGAAGGAGCGCUGAAGGCCGAACCUCUGAAAGAUGAGAUCUACUGUCAGAUCAUCAAACAGCUCACUGACAACCACGUCAAGUACAGUGAGGAGAAAGGCUGGGAGCUGCUGUGGUUGUGUUCUGGUCUGUUUCCUCCCAGUAACGUGUUGCUGCCCCACAUUCAGCGUUUCCUCCAGUCCAAGAGGCACCACCCACUCUCUGCAGACUGUAUGCAGAGGCUGCACAAAGCUUUGCGUAAUGGAUCCAGGAAGUAUCCUCCUCAUUUGGUGGAAGUGGAGGCCAUCCAACAUAAGACUACACAGAUCUUCCAUAAAGUCUAUUUCCCCGAUGACACAGAUGAGGCGUUUGAGGUGGAGUCCAGCACCAAAGCAAAGGAUUUCUGCCUGAACAUUUCGACCCGGCUGCUGCUCAAAUCUCCUGAAGGCUUCAGCCUCUUUGUAAAGAUCUCAGACAAGGUGAUCAGUGUGCCAGAGGGAGAUUUCUUUUUUGACUUUGUCAGACAUUUGACAGACUGGAUCAAGAAAUCACGUCCAGCAAAAGACGGUAUUGUUCCCUCUCUGACCUAUCAGGUGUUCUUCAUGAAGAAGUUGUGGACAAGUACAGUUCCAGGGAAGGACUCCUUUGCCGACUCCAUCUUCCACUACUACCAGGAACUUCCUAAAUACCUGCGCGGUUACCACAAAUGUUCACGAGAAGAGGUUUUCCAGCUUGCGGCGCUCAUCUACCGUGUCAAGUUUGAAGAUGACAAGUCCCACUUUCCUUCAAUUCCGAAGAUGCUUCGGGAGCUGGUUCCCCAGGACCUCAUUCGUCAGAUGUCGCCAGAUGACUGGAAAAGGUCUGUGGUGGCAUACUUCAAUAAACAGGCUGGUAAAUCAAGGGAAGAGGCCAAGCUAAUGUUCCUGAAGAUCAUUUACAAAUGGCCGACCUUUGGCUCCGCCUUCUUUGAGGUCAAGCAAACCACAGAACCCAACUACCCAGAGAUCCUGCUGAUCGCCAUCAAUAAACAUGGAGUCAGUCUCAUUGAUCCAAAGACGAAG